CCCCCCCCCCGCGGCCCUCCCCUCCCCCUGCUUCCUUCCUUGGGGGAGGGGGGCUGUCGCCUGGGACUGAAGGCCAUUGAUUUGUAUGUAUUUGUCCCGGCGCCCGAGGCUGCCCCAGCCGCCCGCGCCGGAGCCGCCGCUGCCCGUGGAGUUGCCUCCCCGCUCCCCUAGGGUGGUUCGGCUCCACCAAACAUGUCGGCUCCGGUCGGGCCCCGGGGCCGCCCGGCUCCCACCCCGCCGGCGGCCUCUCAGCCUCCUCCUCCUCCGCAGCCCGAGAUGCCGGACCUCAGCCACCUCACGGAGGAGGAGAGGAAGAUCAUCCUGGCCGUCAUGGAUCGCCAGAAGAAAGAAGAGGAGAAGGAGCAGUCCGUGCUCAAGGUCAAAGAAGAACACAAAGCACAGGCGACACAGUGGUUUCCCUUUAGUGGGAUCACUGAACUGGUAACUAACGUUCUUCAGCCCCAGCAAAAACAACAAAAUGCAAAGGAGCCCCAGACAAAACUGCAUCAACAGUUUGAAAUGUAUAAGGAGCAAGUGAAGAAGAUGGGGGAAGAGUCACAACAGCAGCAAGAGCAGAAGGGCGAUGCUCCAACCUGUGGGAUCUGCCACAAAACAAAAUUUGCUGAUGGCUGUGGCCAUAACUGUUCAUAUUGCCAAACCAAGUUCUGUGCUCGCUGUGGAGGUCGAGUGUCAUUGCGCUCAAACAAGGUUAUGUGGGUGUGUAAUUUGUGCCGAAAACAACAAGAAAUCCUCACUAAGUCAGGAGCCUGGUUUUACAAUAGUGGAUCUAAUACACCACAGCAGCCGGGUCCCAAGGCUCCCCGAGGGCUUCGGAACGAGGAGGCUCCGCAGGAGAAGAAAGCAAAACUGCACGAGCAGACUCAAUUCCAAGGACCCUCAGGUGACUUACCGGUCCCUUCAGUGGAGAAAUCUCGGUCUCAUGGGCUCACGAGACAGGAUUCUAUUAAGAAUGGGUCCGGUGUGAAGCAUCAGAUUGCCGGUGACAUACCUUCAGACAGGAAAAGAAGUCCAUCGGUAUCCAGGGAUCAAAAUCGCAGAUACGACCAGAGUGAAGAGAGAGAGGAGUACUCACAGUAUGUUCCUUCAGAUAGCACAAUGCCUAGAUCUCCAUCAGAUUAUGCUGACAGACGACCUCAGCGUGAACCUCAGUUUUAUGAAGAACCUGAUCACUUAAAUUACAGGGAUUCUAACAGGAGAGCCCAUAGACAUUCCAAAGAGUAUAUUGUAGAUGAUGAGGAUGUGGAGAGCAGGGACGAAUAUGAAAGACAGAGGAGGGAGGAGGAGUACCAGGCACGGUACAGAAGUGAUCCAAAUUUGGCCCGGUAUCCCGUAAAGCCACAGCCCUAUGAAGAACAAAUGCGGAUCCACGCUGAAGUGUCCAGAGCGCGACACGAGAGAAGGCACAGCGAUGUGUCCUUGGCAAACGCUGAGCUAGAAGAUUCCAGGAUUUCUCUGCUGAGGAUGGACCGACCGUCAAGACAAAGAUCUGUAUCUGAACGAAGAGCUGCGAUGGAAAACCAACGAUCUUACUCAAUGGAAAGAACUCGAGAGGCUCAGGGACCAAGUUCUUACCCACAAAGGACCACAAAUCAUAGUCCCCCUACCCCCCGUAGGAGCCCCAUACCCGUGGAUAGACUGGACAUGAGGCGUGCGGACUCUCUGCGCAAACAGCACCACUUAGACCCUAGCUCUGCCGUCCGGAAAACGAAACGGGAAAAAAUGGAAACCAUGCUAAGGAAUGAUUCCCUGAGUUCCGACCAGUCGGAGUCGGUGAGGCCCCCGCCACCAAAGCCUCAUAAAUCGAAGAAAGGGGGUAAAAUGCGCCAGGUUUCCCUGAGCAGCUCGGAGGAGGAAUUGGCGUCCACGCCCGAAUACACGAGUUGUGAUGAUGUUGAGAUUGAGAGCGAGAGUGUGAGCGAGAAAGGGGACAGUCAAAAGGGAAAAAGGAAAACUAGUGAGCAGGGAGUUCUGUCGGACUCUAACACCAGGUCUGAGAGACAAAAGAAAAGGAUGUACUUUGGUGGCCACUCUUUGGAAGAGGAUUUGGAAUGGUCUGAGCCUCAGAUUAAGGACUCUGGGGUAGAUACGUGUAGUAGCACCACCCUUAACGAGGAGCAUAGCCAUAGUGAUAAGCAUCCUGUGACCUGGCAGCCAUCCAAAGAUGGAGAUCGCCUAAUUGGCCGUAUUUUAUUAAAUAAGCGUUUGAAAGAUGGGAGUGUACCUCGAGAUUCAGGAGCAAUGCUGGGCUUAAAGGUGGUAGGAGGAAAGAUGACUGAAUCAGGCCGGCUCUGUGCAUUCAUUACCAAAGUAAAAAAAGGAAGUUUAGCUGAUACUGUAGGACACCUUAGACCAGGUGAUGAAGUACUGGAAUGGAAUGGAAGGUUACUGCAAGGAGCCACGUUCGAGGAAGUUUACAACAUCAUUCUAGAAUCCAAACCUGAACCUCAAGUUGAGCUUGUUGUUUCAAGGCCAAUUGGAGACAUACCUAGGAUACCUGAUAGCACACAUGCACAACUGGAAUCCAGUUCUAGCUCAUUUGAAUCUCAAAAAAUGGAUCGUCCUUCUAUAUCCGUUACAUCUCCCAUGAGUCCUGGCAUGCUGAGGGAUGUCCCGCAGUUCUUAUCUGGACAGCUUUCAAUCAAACUAUGGUUUGACAAGGUUGGUCACCAGUUGAUAGUUACAAUUUUGGGAGCAAAGGAUCUCCCUUCCAGGGAAGAUGGGAGGCCAAGGAAUCCUUAUGUUAAAAUUUACUUUCUUCCAGACAGAAGUGAUAAAAACAAGAGACGAACAAAAACGGUAAAGAAAACAUUGGAACCUAAAUGGAACCAGACCUUCAUUUACUCUCCUGUCCACCGAAGAGAAUUCCGGGAACGAAUGCUUGAAAUCACCCUUUGGGACCAAGCUAGAGUUCGAGAAGAAGAGAGUGAAUUCUUAGGAGAGAUUUUAAUAGAAUUGGAAACAGCUCUGUUAGAUGAUGAACCUCAUUGGUACAAACUUCAGACCCACGAUGUUUCUUCAUUGCCACUCCCCCACCCUUCUCCGUAUUUGCCACGAAGACAGCUCCAUGGAGAGAGCCCGACACGCAGGUUACAAAGGUCAAAGAGAGUAAGUGACAGUGAGGUCUCUGACUAUGAUUGUGAUGAUGGAGUUGGUGUAGCAUCAGAUUAUCGACACAAUGGUCGAGACCUUCAAAGCUCCACCUUGUCAGUGCCAGAACAAGUUAUGUCCUCAAACCAUUGUUCACCAUCAGGGUCUCCUCAUCGAGUAGAUGUGAUAGGAAGGACUAGGUCAUGGUCACCGAGUGUCCCUCCUCCACAGAGGAAUGUGGAACAGGGGCUUCGAGGGACACGUGCUCCUGGCCAUUACAAUACAAUUAGCCGGAUGGACAGACACCGGGUCAUGGAUGACCAUUACUCUCCAGACAGAGACAGGGAUUGUGAAGCAGCAGAUAGACAGCCAUAUCUCAGAUGCAGAUCAACAGAACAGCGGCCUCUCCUAGAGCGGACCACCACCCGCUCCAGAUCCUCCGAACGUGCUGACACAAACCUCAUGAGGUCGAUGCCUUCAUUAAUGACCGGAAGAUCUGCCCCUCCUUCACCUGCCUUAUCGAGGUCUCACCCUCGUACUGGGUCUGUCCAGACAAGUCCAUCAAGUACUCCGGUAACAGGACGAAGAGGCCGGCAGCUGCCACAGCUUCCACCAAAGGGAACACUGGAGAGAAAAGUUACAUGGGAAGACCAGCAGGGAACGACGAUAGGUACAAUAAGUGAUGACAAACCAUUGCCGACACAGAAACUCCAACCUGAGCCAGGUGCUAUGGAUAUAGAGGAGAGAAAUCGCCAAAUGAAAAUUAACAAAUACAAACAGGUAGCCGGAUCAGAUCCCAGACUGGAACAAGAUUACCAUUCGAAGUAUCGAUCAGGAUGGGAACCACAUAGAGGGGCAGAUACUGUUUCCACUAAAUCCUCGGACAGUGAUGUAAGUGACGUGUCCGCGCUUUCAAGGACUAGUAGCGCUUCUCGUUUCAGUAGCACAAGCUACAUGUCCGUCCAGUCAGAGCGGCCAAGAGGAGACAGAAAAAUCAGGACAAAGGGAGUAGAAGAGGGAGGGCAAGGAGGGGCUAAGCAAGAAGAGACAGUUCAGGAGGAGAAGGAGGUAAAGGAGGAAAUGAUUAGUGAAGACGGGAGAGGGAAGGAGAUAACAGAAACAUGCCAUGAGGACAGAAUCAGAGAACCGGGAGAGGAGGGGAAAGCCCAAGAUGCCCCAGAGCAUGGGGAAGAGAGAGAACCAUGGAGAAAAGAUCACUUGCAGAGGAGUCUCUCCCAAGACGAUGACGACAGUGUCUUUACAUCCAAAAUGCAAAGCAGACAGAUGGGCUUGUCAGGGAAGAGCAUGACCAAGAGCACCAGCCUCAGCGGAGACAUGUGCUCACUGGAGAAGAACGACGGCAGCCAGUCGGACACGGCCGUGGGCACCUUGGGUACCAGUGGCAAGAAGCGACGCUCUAGCAUUGGGGCCAAAAUGGUAGCUAUUGUUGGUCUCUCACGGAAAAGUCGCAGCGCUUCUCAACUCAGCCAAACCGAAGCCGGGGGUAAAAAACUACGGAGCACGGUCCAGAGAAGCACCGAAACCGGCCUGGCCGUGGAGAUGAGGAACUGGAUGACGAGGCAGGCCAGCCGGGAAUCCACAGACGGCAGCAUGAACAGCUACAGCUCCGAAGGAAAUCUGAUUUUUCCUGGUGUCCGCCUGGCCUCAGACAGCCAGUUCAGUGAUUUCCUUGAUGGCCUGGGCCCUGCUCAGCUAGUGGGACGCCAGACCCUGGCUACUCCUGCAAUGGGUGAUAUUCAGGUGGGAAUGAUGGACAAAAAGGGGCAAUUGGAGGUGGAAAUCAUUCGGGCCCGCGGCCUCGUUGUAAAACCAGGUUCCAAGACACUGCCAGCACCGUAUGUCAAGGUGUAUCUAUUAGACAAUGGAGUCUGCAUAGCCAAGAAGAAAACCAAGGUAGCAAGAAAGACGCUGGAGCCCCUGUAUCAGCAGCUCUUAUCCUUUGAGGAGAGCCCCCAGGGAAAGGUGUUACAGAUCAUUGUCUGGGGAGAUUAUGGCCGCAUGGAUCACAAAUCCUUUAUGGGAGUGGCUCAGAUACUUUUAGACGAAUUGGAACUAUCCAAUAUGGUGAUUGGGUGGUUCAAACUCUUCCCUCCCUCCUCCCUAGUAGAUCCAACCUUGGCACCUCUGACAAGAAGAGCUUCCCAGUCAUCUCUGGAAAGUUCUACUGGACCUUCUUACUCUCGUUCAUAGCAACUCUCAAACUGUUGUCACAACAACCAGCGAUACAAAAACAGAAGAAAACGCACAGGUCAAAACCCCUGGUAACACUGCAUGCUUGACGUUGUGUCUUCGGAGCCCACGUCUAGGGAUACAAAGCGAUCCUGUGUUCUCAGAGGAAGUCGUACACAUUGUGCCCUAGCGCAGGCCUCAGGUGAAAGAGCAGCUGUGAAGAACGGUCAGGCUUGGAGUUGAGUGGCACUCUAUCGAGUUCUGGUCCAAUCUGAAGCCAUGGAUUAAUCUCAAAGAAUCAGUCAGCCCUUUUCAAUGGCACCUUCAUAUUUUUAUCGUUUUUUUUUCUUCUUUUAUCUGACCCCAAAGCCUGUUGUACCACAGAAAUGGAGCUCACAGCCGUGAAGCCACACUACAGGCCAAGGAGCGAAGUCCUAGGAAGCAUCAGGUGAAAAGCAAGAGACCAAAGAAGUGGUCAGGAGCCCAGUCAGCUACUGCUGCCUCCCGGAGGGGGCUCUGCAGGGACUAUGGGAGACUCUGAUGAGCUCCAGGAGGCGUGUCAUUCACUAAUGCCAAGAUGUGUUGGACUCUGAAAAUCAAAACUCUGUGACUGCACUGUACUGAAUGAAAUUAAAGAAACUUUUUUUGCAUGGACACAGAUUAGCUGAAUAUUUAAAUUAUUUUCUCGGGGCUGCAACUUGCAAAAAAAUAAAAAUAAAAUAAAAUAAAAAU